AAAUCAGGCAAUAAUCAAUAGUCAGCGUCCAGUAGACGCAACGCAUAUUGGCCGUCCCGUCGGGCCGCAAGAUGCUGUCAUCAACGGUUUACAAGUAACCGAACUAAAGUAGAAUCCGAAUGCCAGAAAAAAACCCUAGACUAUAUAUAGCUUGCGACUUGUAGCACUCUCGGACUCUGCGGUUCUUCGAUACCCAAAGCUAUCCGGGUUGAACCAGUGAGUCUGUGAGCGAGCCAUGUCGGACGAGGAGCAUCACUUCGAGUCAAAGGCCGACGCCGGAGCCUCCAAAACCUACCCUCAACAAGCUGGCACCAUCCGUAAGAACGGAUACAUCGUCAUCAAAGCCCGCCCAUGCAAGGUUGUAGAAGUUUCUACAUCAAAGACUGGCAAGCAUGGACAUGCAAAAUGCCACUUUGUUGGGAUCGACAUCUUCAGUUCAAAAAAGCUUGAAGAUAUCGUGCCCUCCUCUCAUAACUGUGAUGUUCCCCAUGUGAAUCGUACUGAUUACCAACUGAUUGAUAUUUCUGAGGAUGGAUUUGUGAGUUUGCUGACUGAGAAUGGUAACACCAAGGAUGACCUGAGGCUCCCAACUGAUGACAAUCUGCUGACCCAGAUCAAGGAUGGUUUUGCUGAAGGGAAAGAUCUGGUUGUGAGUGUGAUGUCUGCAAUGGGAGAAGAGCAGAUCUGUGCUCUCAAGGACAUUGGCCCAAAGUAACUUCAUACUGAUCUGCAGAUUGUUGUUGCACUAUUAGAAAGAUUUUUUAAAGAACAUUUACAGCCUGCCUCUCCCAGUCUGGGCACAUAUAGUCAGUAGAUCUGCCAUUCAGUUUUAUGUGGGGUUGGUAUGAAAAACUGCAAUUACUGUUUUCUUAAUGUGCUGUUGGUCUUUCUUGGAAAACUUGUCAUCUAGAUUUUUAAUUAAUAUUUUUAUGUUUUGUUGUGGAGAAUGGCAACAACUUUCAUUUAUUUGAUAAAUAUGGGAAAUUUGGAUUGUAGAAACAGUUAGUAUUUUGCCUGCUAAUGUAAAAUUUUCUGCAUCAA